AUGUCCCCACCAUACUUACAAGAAAGCAGCCCCAGAGCAGAACUCCCACCUCCAUACACAGCCAUCGCCAGCCCAGACGCCAGUGGUAUUCCAGUAAUAAAGUGCCAUGUGUGCCAAUCUCUCAUCAGUUUGGAUGGCAAGCUUCACCAGCUUGUGGUUAGGUGCACGGUUUGCAAUGAUGCUAGGCCAGUCGAAAAUCCCCCAACAAGGAAGAAGUAUGUUAGAUGCCCUCGUAAUUGUCUCCUCAUUUAUAAGGACACAUCAUGGCAAAUAGGAUGUCCAAGACCCACCUGUAGACACGUAAUUAACCUUGGCCUAGUAAUGCUUAUUUCUGCAGAACAGCCAGCUCAACCUGCAUUGCCAGUCCAACCAGAAGGUACAAGGAUCAUGUGUGGGCACUGUGGAAACAUGUUCUUGUGGAUGGAACUGAGGUUCAGCACUCUGGCAAAAUGCCCACACUGCAAAAAAAUUUCCUCAGUGGGUAGUGCACUUCCUCGAAGGUGCUGCUGUGCGUAUAUUACCAUUGGAAUGAUAUGUAUUUUCACUGGAGUUGGAUUAACUGUUGGCACCCAAGAUUUUGCAAGGCAAUUUCAUGCAACCUAUGUUUCUUGGGCAGUUGCUUAUCUCUUAGCUUUGAUCUGCCUUAUCUGA